CGGACACAGAUGGGGUUCUCAUACAGCACGCACAACUUCUGAACGGACGAACUCGCGCUUCAGUAUCAUCGAUGAAACCUACGGAAUCUUGAUCGAACAGUUCUCUCUGACCUCCUUUAGUGAUGUUGUUUUCAAAAGACAGACAAGGGUGGCGGCCACCAUGCACACUCAUCUCGCAACAUCUGACAGCGCCCAAAGUCUUUAAAAGAAUCAGGGUGCCCUCUCAACACCGGUCCAGUUCAUCACCGUCCUUACUUCCAGCACCGUCAAUCCUGUGCUCUGAUCUUGAUCCUCGAUUUCCAAACUCAGACCUCUCCUAUCCUGUCACACAUCCGCCAUGUCCAAUUCUGAGUUGCUUCGGCCAUACGCCUCUCUCCACACUGAGCUAAAGGGUCCCGGGGACCAACGCCCCACAGCCUCUCAAAUCAUCGCCGACAACCACCUGCAAGGCGCCCUUGAGGGCAAGGUCGCCCUCGUCACGGGCGCCUCGGCAGGCAUAGGCGUCCCGACUGUGCUCGCCCUCCUGGAAACAGGCAUGCGUGUCUUCGCCGCCGUGCGCAACUUCGACAAAGCGCGCGCAUCGGAACUGGGACCGCAUAUCGCAGAGGGGAAAUUGGAAUUGAUUCACUUGGAUAACAACUCGUUAGCCAGCGUGCGUCGUUGUGCUGAGGACUUCAAACAGCGCAGCGGCGGUAAUCUCAACCUCCUGAUCAACAACGCUGGGAUCAUGAUGGUUCCCACCUUGACGCCCACAGAAGAUGGCUUCGAGUCCCAACUCGGCGUCAACUAUCUCUCGCACUUCCUCCUCUUCCAACUCCUCAAACCGCUUCUCCUCCGCUCGGCGACCCCAGAUUUCCCCUCGCGAGUCGUCAAUGUCUCGUCCAUGGCCCAUCGCUGGGGAACCGUCCAGCUUGAUAACCUGCAGUUGGAAGGCGAGGGAGUCUAUGAUCCGGUCGCCGCAUACGGGCAAAGCAAAACGGCGCUGAUCUGGAUGGCCAACGAAAUCGAGCGGCGCUACGGGUCGUCGCAUCUCCACGCCUUCUCUCUGCACCCAGGGGGUAUCUGGACGAAUCUACAGGUCCACAUCCCCGAGGAGCAAAUGGCCGUGUGGAAGUCAGACGAGACCGUGGGACGGUAUAUGAAGAGUCCAGCGCAAGGCGCUGCGACGACGAUUUGGGCCGCAGUGGCGAAUGUGUUGGAGGGGAAGGGUGGGUUGUAUCUGGAGGAUUGUGGGGUUGCGGGCCCGGUGCCGGAGGGGAGUGGGACUCUUGAUCUUGGGUAUGCGAGCUGGGCUUAUGAUGAGGAGAAGGAGGGAAAGUUGUGGAGGAAGGCGUGUGCGUUGGUGGGGGUGGAGGAUAAUUAAGCAGAUUGGGAGAAUGCUGGAAAGGGCCUGACAGGGUCUGGGAGGUGUGACUGGUGUGGAAUUCAGGCUGGCAUGGAUAAGUGUAUGAGAGAAUUAUUGAGGGAGAACGUGAGAGAUGUGACUGCUUGACGACUGGAGAGGAAGUACGGAGUACGCUGUAUGGGACCGGAGGCAAACCAAGGGGUGUCAAACGUAGUAAGUGGAUCUGGAGUUGAACUGCAAGUCUGCUGCACAAUGUAGAGGUCUGCGGAUUUUUGACAAGUCAUCCUACAUCUUCGAGCACAUGUGAAUCCAAGUCCUCGAUGUCCCAUCUUCUGCUUCUUCGGAUCCCUCAUCAGCGUUCAACACAUGGCAUUC